GGAAGUGAAUGUUCGUUGCACAUUUAUGCUCUUUCUGUUGCUGCUUUCAGUGAACAGCCGUCAGCGGUUAGCACAUCGUUCAUUGUGACGUUUAGAUACCAGAAGCCGAUAUGUCUCACACUAUUCUGCUGGUGCAGCCCACCAAGAGACCAGAAGGCAGAACAUAUGCAGACUAUGAGUCUGUCAACGAAUGCAUGGAAGGAGUCUGUAAGAUGUAUGAAGAGCAUCUGAAGAGGAUGAAUCCCAACAGUCCCUCCAUCACAUAUGACAUAAGCCAGUUAUUUGACUUUGUUGAUGAUCUUGCUGACCUCAGCUGUCUAGUGUACAGGGCAGACACACAAACCUACCAGCCCUACAACAAAGACUGGAUCAAAGAAAAGAUCUACGUGCUGCUGAGGCGUCAAGCCCAGCAGGCAGGAAAAUAAGGAGUGUAAAGGCUGAAUUAUUUCUAAAGCUAGUCCCCAACUGUAUCAGAACUACGCUACAUCACAAUAGAAAUAUAGAGGAACCAAGUGGUGAAGUGAUGCCGCUUAGUUCAGAUUUUGUUGAAUGCAUGUCUAUUCAGUCAGUAUGUCAAAGAAUAGAUUGAAAAUAUUUUGGAUUUUAAAUAACAUUUUUGUAACCGGAGUUAGGGACUUGGGAUAUUUAUCACACAAUGUAUUUUCUUGUGUUUUUUUAUUGUGGUUUAAUUUUUUUUUUUAUUCAGUAAAGUAUAAAACUUACACAUUUCAGAUUAUGGAGAUAGUUCUGAGUCAUCUUAUAUCCCAACUUUUGUCCUCAGUACUGUUUCAGGUUUUGUUAACCCUCUCUGUUUUGUGUAUGUAUCCAGUAGUCACCACUGGAAAAUAAUAAAAAUUUCUCAAAAAAUC